UCCAGCGAUGCCAAUUUGGCUUGAUUCAAACUAGCUAAAAUAUGUGGAAUGCAACUUGAAACUGUGUAUUAAUUCAUAGAAUCGCAUGGUUAUUUAGAGCUGAGUAAAUUUGAUUUCUGGCAUGGAAGAAUACUCGUGCUCUUUUUUAACGUGCUAUCUGUUUAAUAGGGAAUCAAUAUGUAUCGCGAAUUUUGGCAAAGUUGCAAAGUCAUUGCUAAGCCGUUAAUAGCUGGUUGUCACAUGUGUAGGGGAGGAGCAUAAUGCUUAUCAAUAGAUUAUAAAAUGACGUAAUGAAUGAGUAAUGUUGUCGAUCUAUGAAAGUAAUUAUUGUAAUUAUAUCUACCCAUUCGUGUUUAUUUAAAACUAUCUUCGCUGCUGGGUGCCGGAAUCACCCUGUGGCCUGGUAGAUUUAACAAAACCCGUUAAGUUUUGAAAAUGGAAAAUAUAACUGUAUCAGAUCCAGAUUAAAUUCCCUGGAAAAGGCUUUAGUUUGUUUGUUCGUUUCACCCCAUGACAAAUCGUGCGAUCAAGUGGUGAAUGAUAAGUUGAGGACUCAUAAGACAAGUGAAUUAAUAGUGAAAUAAAACUAUUGUACUUAUUUGCACUUACAAUAACCUGGAGCAAGUUGGUAUCUUACAUGAUCCAUUGCUAAUGAGCAACCAUGACAACCGUUGCUAGGCAAACACAUUGUUAUUGUGUUUUGGCUCCUGCCAAAUAAAAUCACUGAAGGUGGAAAACCGGCGUGAUGACUCUUUACUUUGACACGAAAAUCGAGUUCCUGGACUCGGAUGCAGUCAGCACCAUCAGCAGCUGGCAUCCCAGUGAGCCGCUCUUCGCAGUGGCCUCUUUUAGUCCCGAAAGAGGCGGUUCGGUGACCAUCUUUGCGGAUACCGGUGAGCCCCAGCGGGAUGUAACUUAUCCGGUGCACGCCACUUCGCAGGCAACGGCACUAUGCUGGCAUCCGGAGAAGGCACUCCUGGCCAGCGGUUGGGAGCACGGCGACAUCCAUGUGUGGUUCGCUGGUCACAGGGAGUUUGCCAGCGUGAACGCACCGCACAAGGCGGCCAUCGUCCUGCUCCAGUUCAGCGAGCAGGGUGGGCGGAUGGUCACGGCGGAUGCCAUGGGCCAGGUCACAGGAUGGCGCUGCGAUGGCCAGUACCAGUUCCUGACCAUGUUCUCCCACGACUUGCGGGAGGUGUUGCUGCUGAUCUGCUUCCGCCUUACGGUGGAGAGUGAGGUGCGCGAGGAGAUGGCCAAUCUAGCCAAGGCUGCAGUGGCAGGCGACGAGAACGCCCUGGACACCCUCACCAAUUGGAGGCCCCGCACAGCAGCCCGGAGCAUGACCCACUCGGGGGUGAGGGACAACCACUGCUUCUACGCUUGCACCCAAGGAGGAGUGGUGUACUACAUCAACCAAGGAGGCGCCUGUGUCGAGGUGAUGAAGUGCGGCUCACUGCCUCCCAUUGUCCAGAUGUUGUGGCACCCAAGAAAGGACGCCGUCAUUUGCCUAAUGGAGGACUUGACAGUCACCUUGUUUUUGGUUGAAUCCACAGGCAUCCUCACGGAGCUGGAUCGUGUUAAAAUGAGCGGACGUGGAGGAGGUCGGCAGGGCGGCAUCGCGUGGUCUGGAAACUCUCUGGCCAUAAUAACAGGCGAUUUUUUCGUCCGCAUUUGGGACAUCGAGAGAAGCGACAAUUACCUAUUGAAAAUGGACCUACCCAGUGGCAACCAGCCAGGCUCAUCUAUGACCACUUUAAGUAAUGGCACCAUGUCCUCGUCCAACCAAUUCUUUAGCCAUGACAGCAGCGAGAGCAGCGGCGUUCUCCGCAAGACACCAAAGUACGGCCAGCUAAACGGCGAAAUGUUCACCUGCUUGGCAUAUAGCUCUACGGGACAGACUCUGUGUGCAGGAACGUCCCAGGGGAAUGUCUACACCUGGAAGAGGAGCGGCAGCAGGCUAGUCGGUGCCCCCGAAGAUGCCUGGCAGCUGACGAACAUAUCUUCAGUGAGAGGGGCCAUCCGCAGCUGCGAGUGGGGAUACAACGAGCUUGCCAAGCCGUGCAUGCUGGUCAACUGCCUUUCCAAUGUUUUCAUGCUGAAGGAGCAACCUCUGCUCGCCGUUCAUACCCGCGAACUGUGGGCAGUUCAGAGGUCAGCCAAAUCAGUGCAGUUGACGCACUGCAGUGGUCGGGAGGCCAUGGUUCAGUCCGAGUUCGCCGUGACUGCCAUGGCUUUGAGUGAACUGAGCUUAGUGAUAAGUAAUGGCAGGAGCAUAUCGUCAUAUAGCCUGCAGAAAGUGGAGAAGAGCCUGGAUGAGUUUGAGGAGAUCCUGCAGACAGUGGAGGGCACUACCCCCACGACGGAAUCUACCACCACUCCGUUGAGUCUGAAACUCCUGCAGACCUUUGCUGCGGAAUGCUUAGCCUUGAAUCUGUGCAACCAGAACAUAUUUUGCCUAGGUAGCAGUGACAUUUUUGUUUACUCCGUGGGAGGGGUAGUGCUUCACCGCAUACAAGCCAGCGACAUUGAGGGAAAAAUCAUCGGCAUGGAUUUGAGUGGCUGCUAUCUCUCGGUAUUUACCAUGAAUGGAUAUGUGAAAGCUUACGACGUUUCUAGGCACGAUCCCAAGUUGCUUUUUCCCAGCAAAUCGGGUCACGACAUUUUCGAUGACUUCGGGGAGUUCAUUAUGGUCAAGUGCAAUAGCUCCGGCAGCCACUUGGCCAUGGUGAUAGCCAGUAGCAAUUUCACCCCUAUAUCCACUUUAUUCUGCUGGGACUUUGAGCGCAGCAAUCUUCUGGAGUAUGGACUACUGGAGCAAGAAACCAACGCCAAGAAGGAGUCUUCGACAAGUCUACCGGUUCGGAUUUUCUGGGAUGCAGAGGAACCUCGUCUCUUGGCUACAGAAGUAAAGUCCAUGAUUCAGAAGACCCUGCCCCAGAAGAGCUCCUUGCAACCCAGUCAUUUCGUGCAGUCAAAAGUCGUCCUUUUGUUUUAUUCAGAGAAAGGCUGCCUGAAUGUCCUUGAAACCCAAUCCAUGAGCUCAGGCUCUCAGCUACUGAACCUUUGUGUACCCAACGUGAUCCGGCUGAAGAUCAAUACGAUGGAGGAGCAACCUCUGCAAGACUUCGUGGACCUACAGCAGUGCAGUCCAGUUACGAGAAAGCAAGUCCUGAAUUUCAGUCUCUACGUUGCAGAGGGAAAUAUGGAUCUGGCUUAUCGCAGCAUUCGCUCUAUUCAAUCGAAAGUGAUCUGGACCAAUCUGGCUAAGAUGUGCGUGCACACGAAUCGCUUGGACGUGGCCAAGGUGUGCAUGGGCCACUUGGAACAGGCCCGCUCCGUUCGUGCCUUACGGCAAGCCAUUGAAGAUGACGAUUUGGAGACGGAAGCCAAGGUGGCUGUGCUGGCGAUAGAACUCGGAAUGAUUGAGGAAGCCAAGGAUCUUUAUCGUCGAUGCCAGCGCUUCGAUUUGCUAAACAAGCUGCUCCAGUCGAUUGGGCACUUGGACGAAGCAGUAGAGCUGGCCGAGACAGAGGAUCGGAUUCAUCUGAAGCACACGUACUAUCAAAAGGCACAGGAGCUGCGAGAGAGGGGUGACAUCAAGGGAGCUCUGGAGUACUUUGAAAAGACCCAGAAUCCAGCGCAAAAUAUUACCCAGCUGCUAUUGGAAAACCCUGGCGCCAUGAAGCGCUACAUCCAGACCACCAGCGAUCCCAAGCUGCUUAAGUGGUGGGGCCAGUAUAUUGAGAGCUCCGGCGACAUGGAUGCUGCUCUGGCAGUCUACCACAAGGCGGAGGACUGGUUCUCGCAGGUAAAGAUUCUCUGCUACCUAGGUAAGAUCUCCAAGGCAGACGCGAUUGCCAGGCAGUCGGGGGAUCGGGCGGCCUGCUAUCACUUGGCGAGGCAUUACGAGAACGUGGGCAAGUUCCAGGAGGCCAUCAUGUUCUUUACGCGUGCCCAGACCUUCAGCAAUGCGAUCCGCAUCUGCAAGGAGAACGACUUUCAGGAGGAACUAUGGACGGUGGCCAGCUCCUCCAGACAGAGGGAUAAGGCCAUUGCGGCUGCUUACUUUGAAGAGUGCGGAAACUUUAAGCACGCCGUUGAACUUUACCAUCGCGCCGGAAUGCUCCACAAGGCCCUCGAGAUGGCAUUUGAGUCUCAGCAGCCAGAGAUCCUGGAAAUUAUUGCCUCUGACCUGGCGCCCGAUUCUGAUGCCGAGUUGAUCAACCGCUGUGCGGAUUUCUUUUGUAGUAUCGAGCAAUUUCAGAAGGCCGUGCAUCUGCUGGCCAAGACCAGACAUCUGGAGCGGGCCUUGGGCAUUUGUUCCGAGAAGGGCGUACCCGUCACGGAGGAACUGUCCGAGAUGCUUACUCCGGAGAAGGGGGAGUUCGAGGAGGCGACUCGAGUCCACAUCCUCGUACAGCUGGGCGAGCUCCUCCAGCAGCAGGGCGACUAUCACAGUGCCACCAAGAAGUUCACCCAGGCUGGCGACAAAAUUCGGGCCAUGAAGAGUCUUUUGAAGUCGGGCAACACCGACAAAAUUAUUUUCUUCGCUAAUAUGUCGAGGCAACGUGAGGUCUAUAUCAUGGCUGCGAACUAUCUUCAAGCCUUGGACUGGCAAUCGGAUCCGCAAGUGCUCAAGCACAUAAUCACGUUUUAUACAAAGGGCCAGGCCUUUGAUUCGCUGGCCAACUUUUAUGCCAUUUGCGCCCAGAUCGAAAUCGAGGAGUUCCAGGACUACGGUAAGGCUCUGACCGCCAUGCAGGAAGCCUCCAAAUGCCUGGAGAAGCUCAGUCACGCACAGCACGUCUACAACAAUCUGCAGCGCACGGUCGCGGAUGUUAAAGCAAUCCUGGAGAUCCAGCAGGCAUUGCGCGAGGGGGAUCACCAGCAGGUCAUUGGCUCCUGCCGCAGCAUGCUGAUUAAACCCGAACUGCCGCCCAUCCGCCACGCCCACAUCUUGUCCAUGCUGAUCCGAGGCCUGGUCUACGUCAAGGACUAUUCUGAGGCGGGCAGGGCUUUGAAGGAACUGACCGUGAAGGACAGUACGUGGAGUGCGUCGGGACUCUUGGAUCGCGGCAUCGUUCACAAAAUUGCACAGGAGUGCCACUUGGAGUUCGAUCUCAUCUGGAAUGCGGGACGCCAGGUGACCGCCUCCACAAGCGGCACGGCCGCCACUGGAAUGAGCAGCACUUCUGGGAUGACGACCACUGAUGAUGACGAGGCCGAUGACGAGGAGAUCUCCGAGGAGCUGCAUUAGAUGAUUCAAUUAAUGGGAGAUGCAGCAACUAGUCACGUCCCAGUUCCGCAGAGCGGAUAACACGUAAAUAGGCAAAAGAGUUCCCUUUAAAUUGGAUAAGCAAUGGCUACAUCUUAGCUAUAUAAAUCACAGAUACAUUUGGGAUGUAAGCAACCUAGAAAUACUAAGAUUAUUUAAUGGAAUUAAUGGAUUUAAUGGAAUGUUUCAACCAGCAGAUACUUCAGAGAAACAUCUUGAUUCGUUAUUAAGUAAGAAUAUAUUCUUCUUAAAAGAAAGUAUAGACUAUGAUAGAAA